AGUUCGGUCUCCUCGCGCUGUUUGUGACGUCGCUCACUGGCACGUUCAUACAAGUUCAGGGUGUCGCGCGCUGCAUCCAUGAACGGACAACCGGCACGCACACAUUUUAACCUACAAUGGUGGAGGCCUUAAACCAGCUGCAACUGUCCGGGGUGUUGCUAUGUGUGCUGCUGCUCCACACAGUGUCCCAACAGGGACUGGGAACUGGAGAGAGGGUCAGAACACAGCCAAAUUUCAUCAUUAUACUGGCAGAUGAUAUAGGCUGGGGUGACCUGGAUGUUAACCAACCAGAGAAGAAGACAAACAACACACCAAACCUUAACCUGAUGGCCCAGCAAGGACUUAGACUGACGGACUUCCACUCCCCAGCCUCAACAUGCUCUCCGUCCCGUGCUGCGAUCCUGACAGGCCGGUAUGGCCUCAGAAACGGGGUGAUACAUAACUUUGGAGUGAAUUCUGUGGCUGGUCUGCCUCUUUCUGAAAUCACCUUGCCCCAGCUGUUGCAGCAGGCAGGUUAUUACACCGCCAUGAUCGGGAAGUGGCAUCUUGGGCACAGCGGACCAUACAUUCCAACUAAGAGAGGUUUCGAUUACUACAUGGGUAUUCCCUACAGUAAUGACAUGGGCUGUACUGACACACCAGGAUAUAACCUGCCCCCGUGCUCCCCUUGUGUUUCAUCCAUACCUGAAGGUACCAGACUGAGGACGAGCAAACACGGAGGCUGUUAUUCCAAGGUGGGCCUUCCUCUGGUUGAGAACAGCAGUAUCGUGGAGCAGCCGCUCGACCUGUGGACAUUAACAGAAACGUACAAAUCUGCUGCGCUCAGGAUUAUACACAGGGCCAGAACUCGAGGACAGCCGUAUCUGCUCUACGUUGCACUGGCUCACAUGCACGUCCCACUGGCCCCUCCGCUCAGUCCAGACGCCCCCACCACCCCUCACUAUCCAAGCGAUGACGUGUACACUGCCAGUCUGCAAGAACUGGAUGGUCUGAUUGGAGAAUUAAAAACAGCCUCAGAUAAAGACAACGCUCUAAUCUGGUUCACUGGCGACAAUGGUCCUUGGGAACAGAAGUGCCAGUAUGCAGGAAGUGUAGGACCUUUUACAGGAAAAUGGCAAACUAAUAAAGGUGGAGGUUCAGCUAAGCAGACCACCUGGGAGGGAGGUCACAGGGUGCCCACAGUGGUAUAUUGGCCUGGGAGAAUCCCAGCAAACACCACUAGCUCAGCUCUGCUCAGUGGCAUGGACAUCUUCCCAACAGUUCUGUCUCUGGCUGGAGUGACUCCCCCCUCAGACAGACGUUACGAUGGCAUCGAUGCCACAAAUAUUGUCCUGCAGCGUGAACUCACCGGUCGUGAGUUUCUCUUCCACCCCAACAGUGGGGCAGCGGGGGUGUUUGGGGACCUGCAAACCGUUCGAGCAGGAAAAUACAAGGCUUUCUACAUCACAGGUGCAGCAGAAGCCUGUGGUGGUGGAACAGGAAAGCAGCAGCUCCACAACCCACCUCUGAUAUUUGAUCUGGAACGUGAGGAGGCCGAGGAAUCACCCCUGCAGUUUGACACACCUGAGUAUGAGGCUGUCGCACAAAAGGUUGCCCGCAAAAGGGAGGAACUAUUAUGGGACAUUGCUACUGACAAGUCAGUGUCCACAGCAGACUACAGCACAGAUGAGUCAGCAGCACCCUGCUGCGAUCCAACACAGGCCGUCUGUCGGUGUCACCCAACGUCACAGGAAGACGGAGAGACUUGCACAAAACACUGAUAAAACCCUCAAAGAUAGGCAGACAUGUGGAGACAGAUGUCUUUUGGGUGUAUUAGAAAUUAGUGUGGAAAGGGUUGUUUGUGCGGUUCAAAGUCCAGAUGUAGCAGAUGUGCAAACAAACAAGUGGCUGAACUUUGGUCGUUUUUUUAGUGGUAGCUUCUGUAACUCUUUGUGAGAUCAAUCAUUUGUUAAAAAAAAAAAGGGUAAAUAAAUACAUAGUUAAAAAUGUUUCAAGGAAAUAUGCUUCCAGGGAUGGAAAAGAUACUAGUCAAUAAAUAUGUAUAUGACAUAAAUAGUACAAAUUAUAAAAGUUAAAGUGAGCCAGCUGAAGGGUUGCAUAACUUUCAGGUUUAUUGGAGCUUGAUUUAAAUGUCCAGAACCGAACAGCUCAGUCCAGUUUGAGGGGAGUCCUAACGACGCCAUCUUUUGGCAAAUCGCGUGUAAUUA